AUGGCAGAUAUAGCCUUCGAUCAUAUAACUCAGGAGGUUAGGGGUACUGUAUAUCCGGGUAAGCUUCGACUCAAAGAAGAUGAGUUUAUGUAUAAAAACGAAAAGACUGGAAAGGUGGAUCACUUCUCUCGGUCAGAUAUAGAGUCAGCCCAAUGGAUAGUCCGUGCUACUGGUUUAGGAUUAAGCAUAAAGUUAAAAAAUAACUCUUUGCAUCGGUAUGAUGGUUUUGGUGAAAUCGAAGCGGAAAAGGUCGGGAGCUUUUUCAAGAAGUAUUUUGACGUUGAAAUUGUAAAGCGUGAACUGUGCUACAAAGGCUACAAUUGGGGAGACGUGGAUUUCGAUGGCGAUGUUCUCGAGUUUUCAGUUAAAAACGCCAUGGCUUUUGAGGUUCCUUUAAGCAAUGUUGCAAAUGCUGUUUUGAACAAAAACGAGAUUAUUUUCGAAUUUCACCUAAAUGAUGAAGCUGAAGUUUGCUUAUCUGAAAUGCGUCUGUACACUCCGGGAACUGAAGCUGAUAGGGAAGGCAAAGCCCCUUCUAUAUAUUCCAAGGUUACUCAAAAGGCAGAUAUUAUUCAGGUUACGGGAGAUUUCUUGGUCGAAUUCAAACAGUUGCAGUGUCUUCAACCUCGUGGCCGUUAUGAUGUUAAAUUAUAUCCAAGUUUUAUCCAUUUGCAUGGCAAGUCUUACGACUUUAAAGUCCCAAAGAAUACUAUUACUCGGUUGAUGGUGCUUCCUCAUCCCGAUAAUCGGCAGAUAUUCUUUGCAGUUCAACUUGAUCCACCGAUCAAACAUGGUCAAACCAGAUAUCAUUUUGUGAUUUCCCUUUUCGACAAGGAUGCGCACAUAAACUUGGAAAUGGCUGCGACAGAAGACUGGCUUCAGGAGCAGUUCAAUGGAAAAUUAACUCGAAAUAUUUCAGGACCUGAAUAUGAAGUUGUAGCUCGCGUGUUCAAGGUUCUAUUUGAUCAGAAAGUUACAGUCCCAGGAAGCUUCUCUGCAAAAGGCGGUGGUUGUGCAGUUGCAUGCAGUUAUAAAGCGUCUGUUGGUUUGUUGUAUCCAUUAGAGAGAGGUUUUACAUUCGUUCCUCGUCCUCCAAUUUCUAUACGUUUCGAUGAAAUAGUAGCUGUACAAUUUUCCCGUGGGACGGGUGCUCAAAGGUCUUUUGAUUUUGAGGUGGAAACUCGUAAUGGUUUAACGCAUACAUUCACUUCUAUCGAAAGAGAUGAAUAUCAUCAUUUGUACGAUUUUGUAACUGCUAAAAAACUUCGUGUUAAAAAUAUCAGUUCAGAAAACAAAACUACUAAUCCUGGUGAUGACGUUUGGUCAUCAUCUGAUGAAUCACAUGAUGCUUACAUGGAGAAGGUAAAGACAGAAGCUCGAGAACGAACAACUGAAAUGGAUGAUGAAGAUGACGACGAUGAAGAUGAUGAAGAUUUCAAACCACCGGAAUCUGAUGGUUCUGAACUUGCAGAAGAAUAUGAUAGUAAUGUUCAAACAACAACAAGUGAAGAUGAAUCUGGAGACAACGAUGAUGAUGAUGAUUCGGAGGAGAACAAAAGUAACACUAGUAGUAAGAAUACUACUACACACAAGAAAAAAGAUAAACGAGACAAUGAUAGUGAUGGAUAUGAAGACAGCUUGUCAAGUGUCAGCAGUACUAGUGAACCUAAACCAAAACAAAAAAAAUUGAAAGAAGAACCAAAGAAAUCAACAACUAAACCCCGUAAAGAUGAAGCAAAACGACAAACAACAAAAAAGCAAAAAAAACCUAAAGAUCCUAAUGCACCAACUCGUCCACUUUCUGCUUAUUUCUUAUGGUUUAAUGAGAAUAGAGAGAAAAUUGCAAAAAGUUUAGAUGGACAAAAUUCUGUUGCUGAAGUAGCUAAAGCUGCUGGAGAGAUUUGGCGAAAUAUGGAUAGUACAGUAAAAUCAGGUUAUCAAUCAAGAGUUGAUGAAUUAAAAAAGAAAUAUCAAGAAGAUUUACGUAUAUAUCAAUCAAAUUUAGCGUCUUCUAAAGAACCAGAUUUAUCACCAGAUUCUAGUAGUUAA